AUUGCGUAAUUGUUGUCAGUAUUUUCUUAUGAGACUUUUUACGCAAUUGCCGUAUAGGAUGGCGGAUUUGGAUGACUUAUUUCGUUUAGAUCAAUACGUAGGUCCAGAGUCUCUUGCAGAACGGUGUUUCCAAGUGAUCUGUAAAAAUUUAGACAUCAUCUCGGUAAAGGAUAAGCGUGGCUAUCGAAAUCUUUUGGAAGGGAUAGUUUGCCCAAGCGAAAUAUGCGAUAAACUUAUUGAAUAUGUUCUACAUAUGAUUCGAAAUGAUUCGAAUGAAGAUCAUGAUUGGUUCUUUACUAUUUUCAAAAAUGUGUGGGUAACCAAACUUAAGCACGUCAAAGUUGUGGGAUCCAAUAUGACUGACCAGUCUGUACAGAUCCUUACUAAUCAUAAGCUUGUGAAAUUAGAACUUACAGACUGUCCUAAUUUAACAGAACAAUCUGUUGAAUAUAUAAAUGCAAAUGCAGAAAAUUUGCAUACUUUAGUAUGCCAUGGAACUUCUAAGCAUAUCAUUCUGGCAAAACUUACAGCAUACCAAGAACGAGGAUAUCUUUUUAAAAUACCAAACUUAAGGACUUUGGCUUUAGAACAUGUUAGAAUUCCUGCUCCAGAAUAUGGCAUUCUCUUGUCUGGAUUAACAAAUUUAACAAGUUUGGACUUAUCCAAUAGUUUUGAUGUGGGCAGUUUUGACUUUUUUUACUUAGUUCCAAAUUUGAUAUCUUUAGUUUUAUAUAAUGUCAAGAUUAGUAAUCAAGCACAAGCUUUUGUUAGCAAUAUUUGUCAUUUAAAAAAUUUAAGGCAUUUGGACAUUUCCCAAAUCAAUCCUCAGAAUGGAGUAUUUGCAAAUCCUAAUACAAUCUUAUCUAAUAUAGUGAAUGGUUUGCCACAACUAACUUCUUUGGAUAUUAGUGGUACAAAUUUAGCAGGAAAAGAAAUAGUGAACCGUCCCAUACAAACAGUUGAAGAGUACUAUUCUGACAUAUGUAAUAAUAAUCUCUGUGAUAUACCAGGUCUUACUUCAAGAGUACAUAGACCUUUACAAUUUUUAGGACUCUAUGGGGCAAAUGAUGCCCCUUGUAGACGAUGCAAUAUUCCAGCAAAAUUGAUUGCAGGGAAUGCAAAUGAAGGUCAAAUAUUAGUUGCAGCCCAUGUGUAUAUGAAUAAUAAAGAAGACUUAAUGCAAAAAGUAAUAAAUGAUCUGUAUCAUAUGUACAGAUAUGAAAAUUGUCAUAGAACAGAUCAAGCUCUUUGUGCAGUAUUGGAAGCAAUGGAGAAAUAUCCUACUCAGAAAGAUAUACAAACAUUUGGAAGUGCAGCACUAUUUUAUAUUGUAAAAAUGAAAGAAAAAGGUGAAUUAGAAGCAAGAUUGAAAAAGAGAAUUGUUCGUACAUUACUUGUUGGAAUGAGCAUUCAUAAAAAUGAAGAAACUAUGAUGCGCCAUGCUUGUUUAACAUUGUACCAAUUCCAAUUACCACGUGAUGUAAUGUCACACUAUGAAACAUUGGUAAAAAUACUUUUACAUUUACUUAAAUAUGCAGAACAACAAAGUUAUAUCCAACGUAUUGGAGUUUUUCUUUUAAAUACCUUGGCAUGUCAAGUGACAGGUAGAGAGAAACGUUUAUUGGGCAGUCUAGGUUGUAUAAAGAUCAUGCUUGAACUAAUAAGAUAUAGAGUUGAAUCUAAAAGAUACGACGAUGUUAUAGAAGUAGCAUGGUCAACUAUGUGGAACGUAACCGAUGAAACUCCUAUAAAUUGUCAACGAUUUUUUGAAGAAAAUGGCAUGGUGCUAUUCUUUGUAUGUGCGAUGCAAUAUCCUAAUAAGGAAGAAUUAUUAAAAAAUAUGAUGGGAUUACUUGGUAAUGUGGCUGAAGUACAAAGUCUUAGAGUGCAUCUAAUGCAACAAUCAUACAUGAUGGUUUUUGCAAAUAUAUUACGCACUGUCAGAGAAAGCAUGGAGGUGCCUUAUAAUGCUGUCGGUAUAUUAGCUCACACAGCAUCCGAUGGUGUGGAAGCAUGGACAAUUAAAAAACCUAGUCGGGAUGUAGUACUUGAACUCAUGGUUGAAGCUAUUGAACGAUGGGAUAUAUCUUCAGAACGUAAUAUCAAUUAUCGCUCAUUUUUACCGUUAUUACGUUUGGUGGAUAUCUAUCACACACCACAGUGUCAGCAUUGGGCAGUUUGGGCUCUUGCUAAUCUCACAAGUGUUUAUCCUCGUAAAUAUUGCAUGUUAGUUAUACGAGAAGGAGGCCUUGAGAAGUUAAAUACUUUAAUCUCAGAUUCCAGACCAUAUGAGCGCAUAAAAGAGCUUGCUCAUAUUGUGAUUGAAAAUUGUUUUCAUUAUUGUAAUAACACCAAUGACUUGAAUGUUCAUUCACCUUUAGAUGAAGACUAUACAUAUAAUUCUGAUGGUUGA